UUGAUCUCUCUCUAUCGGUCAGGAGGACGUUAGUGGGACGUUUCUCCCUCCAUCCCCUCCAUGUGAUUCAGUCGCUCCUUCCCAUCAUGGUGUGAACGGCAGCUGCUUCACCCUCCGCAAACCACCAACCCCCCCCCAUCUACUCCUCCUCUUUCUCUCUACGUGCGCGUGUGUGUGUGUGUGUGUAAGUGAGCGUGUGUGUUUGUGUGUGUGUGUGCAGGAAGACGAAGCGGCAGGCAGGAGGAGGCACCAAGGACGUCCUUUUUCCAGCCCCGGGAGCCGGAGAUGCGAGGGACGAGCAGUUAGAUUAGCCUGUGCUGCUGUUGCCUGCUGCAGGAUAACUUUGGUUCCGGAGGGUGCUGCAGCCGAAAGCUCUGCUCUCUCAUCCUUGGCUUGGUGUGUGAGGAGGAUUUCAGCCAGUCGCCGGACGGAGAUCUGGCUACAAAGGACUUCUACUUUUCUGUCACUAGUGAAUGUAACAUCGCUCAGACAAGGAAGGCAAGGAAUUAAAAGCCAUCAUCAUGAAUUUCGUUAUGAAACAAGCGUUGGGAGGGGCCACCAAAGACAUGGGCAAGAUGCUUGGUGGGGAGGAGGAGAAGGAUCCCGAUGCUGCGAAAAAAGAGGAAGAAAGACAAGAGGCGCUGAGGCAACAGGAGGAGGAGAGGAAGGCCAAAUAUGCAAAAAUGGAGGCAGAGAGAGAAAACAUCCGACAGGGCAUCAGAGAUAAGUAUGGCAUCAAGAAGAAGGAGGAGAAAGAGGCCGAGGCAGCGGCUGCUAUGGAGCAGGCCUCCGAGGGCAGCCUCACCCGUCCAAAGAAGGCGGUUCCCACCGGCUGCGGCGACGAGGAAGAAGAGGAGAGCAUCGUGGAUACGGUCAUGAAAUUCAUCCCGACCCCGCUCAUGGAUAUGUUCAAUAAAAAGUAACAGUGUUUUGGGUGAAAUAUGAUUAACUUCAUCUAACCAAGACUACUGCCGUACCGCCCUGCCCUGCCCAAACCUGCAGUCACACUUUUCUCCACCCUCCCACUCCUUCAACACAACUUCUAAGUGUCCUGGAGUUGAGCAACGUGCCAUGACUUUGCCCUUGGUUUAAAAUAUCUGAUGGUGAUACGUACUUCUUAAUCUCUCAUACGGAGCAUCUUCCUGAUAUCUAUCUCUAUUUUCAAAGUAUGUAACACCUACACAGAUCUUUACUUCAAGGCAAGUCUUAUGCCAUGUUUUCAAAAUGUCAGGCACUUAGAAUAAGAUCAGAUAUCACCCAUCAUCCACCCUUUUUGUUUGUAAAUAGCCUCGGGUUAUAAAAAAGAGAACUAUAUAUGAGUGAAAUAUGACAUAUAACAAGAUGACUAAGAGUAUAAGCCAUAUUUUUAACUUUUAAGAAAUUAUCCAAAUCAUAUCAAAAUUUGAUUAAACUUUCCUGUUCUGUUCUUGCUAAUAUUUGAUACAUACAGUGUAUAUAAAUACUUACAUUUUUAUUAGUUCUCCGUUGUGAGGAUUCACCCCUGUUCACCCUGUCUUUCAUGUUCUCAUUGGUUUAUUGUGAAUGUGUAAUAUGAGCACUGGUACAGUGGAAACAACUCCUGUAAGACCAGAAAGUGAAGGAAAUUCACUCGAAAUGAGGAUUUUCUUUGUUUUGUUUUGUCUGGUUUCCUUUUUUAAAGCAUGCAGUAAACUUUUGUGAAGUGAAGUACACACGGAAACCAUUUCAUUUGUUACGAUGAAGCGAAAUACAUUGAUAUUUGAGGCAAUAACUGGUUUUCCAUUUUUAUUUGAUUGACAUCUCGUCCACCAUGUGCAUUAGGCGACAAUUGACUUUGUGUCUGAAAUGUUCUUCCAUGGGGAAAACUAUAAACGUUCUCCAUACAUGAAGUUUGUCUCAAAGCAGUUAGGUGAAAUUCUUACUCUAAAUUUACUUGCUCUACAUGUUUGUGGUUUGAACAUUCAGUUUUAAUGUCCUGUGGCAGGUGUCGCUCGCUCUGCUUCUGCAGUAGGACAUGUAAAUCUUAGACCAGGCUAGUUAUUUUUAUGUUGACAUCUCCAUCAAAUUUUUUGUAGAAAAAAAGAAACUUCACAAACACAACUAUGUUGUGAACACACUAUAUGUGAACAGACAGUGACAAUAGUGCAAUAUAUUGUUCGAAAUGAAGUUGUCCUGUGUCCGUUGGUUAAACUGAUGGGAGUGAAGUCCCAAAUCAGCAAUAACAGACAAUCUUCAUUGUUGUGUGUUUAAAUUUACUCCUUAAUGUGUUAGUCGACAUUAAAGGCACGGAUGUGUCUGCAUAGUGACAGUAAGGCCUUUGUAGGUCAGACAUGUUUCAUCAAAAAAGAGAAAAGGGGGGACGGUGGGACGAUUUGUUUUGUGUCGUAAAAAAUGUUCAGUCACAUGAUACAUAAUCAUGAGCACAUGCAGGAUUUGUGUUUGAAUUGACAAAACUAAAAGGCAAAUCAAACUGCAGGUUUUAAAAGGCAGACUUUAACAAUACACCAAGAAAAAGGUCCACACGUGUUUGGAUAUUUUUGAAAACAGAUGACUUUCUUGCACCUUUCUGUGUUUACAAAAUUUCUCUGUCCACACUGAAACAACCUCAGUCGCUCGCCAAGUCCAUUCCACAAGCUCUCCUACCUUUUUAAUCUAAUAAACUGGCAAAAUAUAAAAAAGGAAAUUUUAUUACACUCUUAUUAAACAGAAAAAUACAAUUAUAAACCUUCUAAAUUCAAGUUUCUCUUUUUUACUGAAUAAACGUUAAUUACCUUGUUGACUCGUUGUAAAACACCUUAACACAACAGAAACAAUAUAAAACACUGUGUUUCUGUUGUUCCAACAAUCACCAAUUUGGUUUUGAUGGAAAAUUCUAAUUGUUCAUGGACUUAGAUGUGAAAUUAUGCUGGCUCUACGGGAACUGCCCAUUGGUCCGACAGCCCAUUGGUUCGACAUCCCAUUGUUCCGACCAUAUUAAACCUAUUGUUCCGAAGUCCGUUCCGAAAUCAUCAUGAUGCCCUGUGGUUAAGGUCAGGUUAGGUUUAGGCACAAAAACCACUUGGUUAGGGUCAGGAAAAGAUCAUGGUGUGGGUUAAAAUGAAAAAGAAAGUGACAAACACAUAAGCCAUGAGCCUGCUCCGCCUCAAGCCGGUCACGGCGCGCCAUACGCCCACCGCGAGCCGUUCAGCACCGCGGACAGUCGGACUAAUGGGAUGUCGAACCAAUGGGCUGUCGAACCAAUGACAUGGACCCGGCUCUACAUGCUGCAGACCACAAAAUUAGCAAAAUAAAAUGACAAACCCUCCAUUUUACACGUCCACACGAAUCCAAAGUGAUGGAGUUUUGAAAAUCUGCACCUUAGAAGGCAUUUUCCAAAACCUUAGUGACCUAAAACUCAAAGAAAAUUUCCAUUUUCAAAAAUAUCCAUAUACGUGUAAAGAGGACCUACAAAGCCCAGAGUGAAAUCUCCAUGACCAAUACAACAGAAAAUGUUUACCUGCUCUAGAGUCCAGUCUGUCCUGCUGGUAAAUGUAAUGGCACAAACAUAAAGGGGGUCAUAUGAGGAUAAAAUGACAUUUUUCUCCAUAUGCCUUGUUUUUUUUUAUUUCUCCGUCAUUCCACAGUGUCUUGUUAAAACAUUCCAGAUAUUUCAGACAUUCCACCAGACUUGUGCUGGUAACACACAAACUUAGAUAUUUACAGCCGGCCUCAGCCGAUGCCUUCGUUAGCCUACAAGUACACCAUGGUGAAACUUCAAUUUGAUGUUGUUAUAACCUGAAAAUAGACAUUAGAAUGAAUUGAAUAUACAUAUAAAGAUUAGUGACUUGAACAAGUAGGCUAAAAGUUACAUUAGCUGCCAUGUACAGAAAAAAAAAUCCCACAUGAAGUUUACGGGAAAGCAUAAAUGUGCUUUUAGCAGAAAUCAGUUGAAUCUUGUGAUACAAUUUUGUUAGAAAACAUUUUUGUGAUUCACAUGAGCACAGUAGCUUUAGGCGUGAUUAAGGUUUCUAAAACCAGCUUUUUCGCCACGUUGCCACUGUUUUUAUUGAGCUAGCUGAACAUGAAAUAAGGCUAAUUCCGAACUUGUGCAUUCCUGUGGCAUUGACGAGGGAAAUUUAGCUUUUUUGGCUUUGUGAGCUCUGUAAUCAUGUUGAACAUAUAUAUUAAAAAAACAUACAACGGCACAGUGUGGCCUCCUGUAGAGCACAUUUAUUGAGCUUUCUGUGAUUUUAUUGUACUUGUAAACUGCCUUUGCUAGCCGUUCAUGUGUUAGCAAAUUGUUAGCAACUGAUUGUUGUUUACAGUUAGCAUCCACAACACUCCCAUCCAUUAACAGAGCAGUUAUCCAAUCAAACCAAAGAAUAGUGCUGGUAGUAGUAGGUUUAGUCAAGAGUUUUCAUUCUAUUUAUUUAGUGCAUCGUACUUAUUUUGAAAUUCUCAGGUAUUUUAACUUUGAGUUUUACUAGAGGUUUGAACCAUAACUAGCCUUCUCUUAGCAUAAUUAGCCUUCUCUGCUAAAAAUUGAACAAUCCCAUUGCUAAGGGCCUAGCCAGCCUACUCCAGCUUUUAUUUAUGAAUGACAUAUCUCUUGUUUGGCCUAAGAAUAUUCCAGAAAGCUAUGAUUACUGCCCAGUCAACCCAAGUAGAGGACUUUCCCAGUGACAAAACCUUAGUAAACAUUGUCAAUGUGUGAAGUUCUUCAGAGCACCAGUCUCCAAACUGGUGCUCUGAAAUCACAUCACCUCAUGCGUCUCAUCCACCAGCACCAUCAUAAAUCAUUUAUCAAUAUCUUGUAUAUGCUGAUUGAUUGCGCUCUAAAUGGCUUAUUGACCACUGCCCAAACCAACUGCCCAAGUCAUGCGUAAUCAAUAUUUAGUCGUCCAGUAGAGUCCGUGUCUGAAAUCCAUUCCAGUGUUCAGUCGCUCAUUUGUGCCGCUCAUACAGCCAUUAAUAUGAUUAAAAAACUGCCUGAAAAAUUUAACACUUUAAAAAAAAUACUCCUUUGAUGUGACUUGAAUGUAACUGUCUGAUGUUUCUCUCUCCUUGCAUCUGUCUUUCUCUGUUCUGUACGUGUUGAGAAGAUGCUUACUCUCGUGCAGUAUUUUUCUUUCUUGUUUGUAGCUGGUCUUGUUUCUGUCCUCUGGUGGUUGGUAUUUUGAAAAAAAAAAUUGCAUUCUUUUGUACUGCGAAAUCUUCUCACCCUUCUCCCUCCUCUCUCUCUCUAUCUCCCUAUUUGUUGACGAAAUGUAUGCAUGCUUAUGGUGUGCGAUGUAGGCAAGGUUGUUGAUAAUCGUUUCGUGUCUUCUCUGUGUUUCAAAGCUCCACCUGUUAGCCUCACUGCAUGCCAUUUUACACAGAUAUUUCAGUCUGUAACUUUCCUGCAAAAAUGGAAUCACCGCACACUCUGAGAAUAAAGUGAUUUCAUAUAA